AUGGAACAACAAUAUCAGUUACCUAUUCAACCUGAGAGCACAUUUGAUAGUGAUCAGGUGGCUUGUGUUUGUGAAGUUCUUCAUCAAUCGGGUGACAUCGAUCGUUUGGCUGAAUUCAUUUGGGCAAUCCCAAAUCGAGAUGAUUUACGACGCAAUGAAAGUGUCCUCAAGGCUCAGGCAUUUAUAUGUUUCCAUCGGCAAAAUUUCAAAGAACUUUAUCGAAUCCUUGAAACUAAUCAAUUCUCUCCAGAAAAUCAUGCAGAAUUACAAGAUUUAUGGCUCAAAGCACAUUAUAGUGAAGCUGAAAAAAUACGAGGUCGAGAAUUAGGAGCAGUUGGAAAAUAUCGAAUACGAAGGAAAUUUCCACUACCUCGAACAAUAUGGGAUGGUGAAGAAACAAGUUAUUGUUUUAGAGAGAAAUCAAGGUAUACAUUGAAAAAUUGGUAUGCCAAAAAUCCUUAUCCAUCACCAAAAGAGAAGAAGGAAUUAGCAGAGGAAACACAUCUUACUGUAACACAGGUAUCAAAUUGGUUUAAGAACAGAAGGCAACGAGAUCGUGCUGCCGAAAAUAAAGGAAGGUAA